CCUCCCUCCGUACGGCGGCCGGCGGGGGCUCCAAGCCCCGCCCCGCGCGGGCCCCGCGCAUGCGCCACGCGGGGGGGGGAAGAUGGCGGCGUCCUCGCUGGAGCAGAAGCUGUCGCGGCUGGAGGCGAAGCUGAAGCAGGAGAACCGCGAGGCGCGGCGGAGAAUCGACCUCAACCUCGACAUCGGCCCCGCCCGCGCCCGCCCCACCCUGCAGCUGCCCCUGGUGAGCGAGGGGGGCCGGGGGGGCGCCCCCGAGAGCCCCCAGCCUGCGCCGCCCCCCCGGCCCCGCCAGAUGCUGGGGCUGCCCCCGCCCCCCUACCUGGUGCCGCGCAGCCUGGAGAGGAGUGCAAGCAACCCCUGGGUGCUGAUUGGCCAGCCGACCAGGAGCUCCGUGGUGCUGAUUGGCCAGCGGUACCAGGCAGAGAUCAACGACCUGGAGAACCUGGGCGAGAUCGGCAGCGGCACCUGCGGGCAGGUGUGGAAGAUGCGCUUCCGCAAGACCGGCCACGUCAUCGCCGUCAAGCAAAUGCGGCGCUCGGGGAACCGCGAGGAGAACAAGCGGAUCCUGAUGGACCUGGACGUGGUGCUCAAGAGCCACGACUGCCCCUACAUCGUGCAGUGCUUCGGCACCUUCAUCACCAACGUGAGCACCUGGGUGGCAGUGAGUGGCACUGGGGACAGUUGGGACACUGGGGACAGACAGGGGGUCCCCAGGAUCCAGCGCCCCAUUCCCGAGCGGGUCCUGGGCUGGGUGACAGUGACAAUCGUGAAGGCGCUGCUGUACCUGAAGGAGAAGCACGGGGUGAUCCACAGGGAUGUCAAACCCUCCAACAUCCUGCUGGACGAGCGGGGCCAGGUCAAGCUCUGCGACUUCGGCAUCAGCGGCCGCCUGGUGGACUCCAAGGCCAAGACCCGGAGUGCCGGCUGCGCGGCCUACAUGGCGCCCGAGCGCAUCGACCCCCCCGACCCCACCAAGCCCGACUACGACAUCCGCGCCGACGUCUGGAGCCUCGGCAUCUCCCUGGUGGAGCUGGCCACGGGGCAGUUCCCGUACCAGAACUGCAAGACGGAUUUCGAGGUGCUGACCAAGGUGCUGCAGGAGGACCCGCCCCUGCUGCCCCCGGCCAUGGGCUUCUCCGGGGACUUCCAGGCCUUCGUCCGAGACUGCCUCACCAAGGACCACAGGAAGAGACCAAAGUACAACAAGUUACUGGAGCACACCUUCAUCAAGCGCUACGAGACGCUCGAGGUGGACGUGGCCACCUGGUUCAAGGACGUGAUGGCCCGGACAGAGUCCCCGCGCCCGGGGGGUGGCCUGGGCCACCACCUGCCCUUCUUCACCAGGUAGCGCCCGCCCGGCGCCGCCACGCCCGGCAGGGGACAGCGGGGACAGCCGGGACACCUCCGGGGACAGGGACAGCGGGGACAGCCCCGGGACACUGCCUGGUGCCACCGCGCCCGGCAGGGACAGCGGGGACAUCUGCUGUGACACCGGGGACAGCCGGGACAGCCCCGGGACAGCGCCCGGCACAGGGACAGCCGGGCCACCUCUGGGGACAGGGACACUGGGGACAGCUGGGACAGCCCUAGGACACCCACUGGGGGAGGUGACACCUGUGCCACCCCCUUCUUGUCACCCCCCUGUGCCACCCAGUGUGACGGUGACACUACCACGGCCACCACAGCCCUGGCCUGGCCUGGAGUGUCCCCAGCGUGUCCCAGUGUGUUCCUGCCAUGGUAGCUGUCCCCUCCUGCUGUCCCCACCUUCCUGAGGCCAGGGGACACCCCCGUCCCCUCUGUGUCCCCCUGGCUGUGCCUCAGUUUCCCACAAGGUCCUGUGUGGGGACAGGACAGGGAGGUGGCACCGAGGGCGUGACGCUCUGGGAUGUGGCCCAGGGACACGGAUGUGGCCGGGGGAUGUGACACGGGUGUGACGCCGGGGCCUGGGGAUGUGGCACUUGGCCCUGAGGGGACACUGAGAGGACACAGAGGUGACACCAGGACAUGGGGACGUGGCACGGAGAUGGCACUCGGGGACACGGAGAUGGCGCAGUAACGUGGCGUGGGGAACGCGUGGAGAACCAGCACGGGGAUGUGACAGCAAGGGACAGCAUGAGGACACGGAAGGAUGGCACGGGGAUGGCACCGGGACGUGACACGGGGACACAGGGCGGAGAUGGCACCAGGAAGUGACACAGGACACAGAGAUGGCACCGGGAUGGCACAGAACGGAGGUGGCACCGGGAAGUGACACGGGGAUGGCACCGGGAAGUGACACAGGACAGAGAUGGCACCGGGAUGUGGCACGGAUGGCGCUGGGAAGUGACGCAGGGACACAGAACAGAGGUGGCGCCGGGAUGGCACCAGGAAGUGGCACAGGACAGAGAUGUCCCCAGGCUGUGACAAUGGGGACACGGCGCUGGAGGGCAUGGAGUGGUGGCCUGGGGACACGGACACGUCACGGAUGUGACAUCGCAGGGCUCAGUCCCGGGGAUGUGACACCGGGAUGUGACACCGGGAUGUGACACUGGUGACAUGGCCUGGGGAUGUGACACCAAUGAUGUGACACCAAGGAUGUGGCACCAAGGAU